AUGACGACGGCAACGCCCACUGUCAAUAUCUCAAAAUCCACCAUCACAUUCUCGUCCGCGACUGAUGUUGCGUUCAAGGGCUGGUAUAGCACGGAUGGCGGCAUCACUGCAACAUUCUGCCCAUCCAAUCUCAAAACUCUAGUUGCUGGCGGUACUAACGAUGCUUUCGUUGACUGCUGCCCCACGUCUGGGUGUUCUUUCCCAGCAUCCUGUGCCUCAUGCGGUGUCCCAACAACUUGUCUGUCCGGAAGUAUCCAGGUUUACAAUGCGAAGACCACCGAUGCAGCGGGAAAUACUGGCUACUAUACCUAUGAUUGCUGGGAUGGCAUAACACAAACCUGCAAUUCUGUGACAAUCUACGAACAACAUGAAAAAUCAACAGAUGGAUGGUCAAAAACUGCAUUUUGGUGCAUGGGAAAUCAAGACCCUACUGCCAUUUACCGGAACUAUGUAAUGACCGAUACGAUAACUUUGACCUCAGCUACUGCAGGCAUCACGACUGCGCCAACCUCAAGCUUCUCGACCAGCUCUACUACAAGCGCAACUCCAACAAGCACACCAAUCAAUAAAGGCUCCUCAAGUCAUGCCGGCCCCAUUGCUGGAGGUGUGAUUGGAGGUGUUGUCGGUCUAUCCCUGAUCGUUGGAGCUGUCUUCUACUUCUUCAAAAAACACAAUACCCCAAAGCCAGAGGCAGAAAUAAGUGAAUUUGGAACCGAGUAUGUUUCUCUCCCUGCGAGGUAA